UUGCGUUAUUUUGUUGUUUAUCCAAAUGUUAUGAUGGUGCUUCAUAUUUGAACGUUUUAGGGCUGCGGGCGCAAGCGACUAUCUUUUAAUGACAGUUUGUUAUUGUCUUGAUUUGUAGGGGUAGUGAUAGUGAUUGAACUUCUAAUUACGUGAGAGCUGUAUUACUUGCAAUAAUUUAAAACCAUCAAUUGAAUACAGUUUUUUCAACAUGGCGUGGCGCUUCAAAGCAUCAAAAUACAAGAAUGCCGCACCAAUUGUCCCAAAGCCGGAGGCCUGUAUCCGCGACAUUUGUGUUGGGUCCUAUCAGACUUUCGGCAACAAUAUUGCCGCAUCCGCCGCAUUUAUGGCUUUCAAUUGGGAGCACACAGGAUCCAGUGUUGCCGUCUUGCCGCUAGACGAUUGCGGGCGCAAGAGCAAAACUAUGCCGCUGCUGCAUGGUCACACAGACACUGUAACUGACUUAGAAUUCUCACCAUUUCAUGAUGGCCUCUUGGCAACAGCGUCACAAGAUUGUCUCGUCAAAAUUUGGCACAUACCUGAAAAAGGCCUGGAGGCGUCACUCUCCGACCCGGAGUGUGUUUUUUCACAUAAACAACGCCGUGUAGAGACCGUUGGCUUCCAUCCGACCGCCGAUGGCUUACUGCACUCCACUGCUGUGGGCUGUGUGAUGCUAUUCGAUAUAACAACACAAAAGGAAAUUUUUUCCAAUAACGAGCACCCCGAGGUCAUACAAUCAGUUAGCUGGAAACAGGAUGGCACAAUCCUGGCUACAAGUUGCAAGGAUAAAAAUGUGCGCAUAUUGGAUCCGCGUGUCGGUGAUUCGCCCAUUCAAAUGGCUGCCGAGUCGCAUCAAAGUAUCAAAGAUUCGCGCGUCGUGUGGCUAGGCAAUCAGACUCGAAUUCUUACAACUGGUUUUGACGCAGCUCGUCUGCGCCAAGUGAUCGUUCGUGAUUUGCGUAAUUUCUCUGUGCCUGAAAAGACAAUGGAGCUCGACUGCUCCACGGGCAUACUGAUGCCGCUCUUCGAUCCGGACACAAAUAUGCUGUUCCUUGCGGGAAAAGGAGACACGACUAUCAAUUACUUGGAAGUGAGUGACAAAGAUCCCUAUCUGACUGAAGGUCUGCGUCAUACAGGUGAACAGACAAAGGGCGCUUGCUUGGUGCCAAAGCGCGCACUCAAAGUAAUGGAGGGCGAAGUGAAUCGGGUGCUGCAAUUAACCUCCAACAUGGUUAUACCCAUUAUGUACCAGGUGCCACGUAAGACUUAUCGCGACUUCCAUAGCGAUCUUUAUCCCGAAACAACAGGCUACAAGACGGAGUUAACUGCUAGCGAAUGGAUCAAUGGAGUGAACUUGCCAGUGCCAAAGAUGAGCUUGGAUCCAGCAAAGCGUGAAUUAGGCGAGACACCAAUUAUAGUACACCGUGGUAAUUUGAAUGAUUUAAUUAAAAAUAUUGAAAAUAAAAAACUGUCCAACAAAACACCAACCCUACAAUCGCCCAGCAAUGCGGUGGUGUCUGGUAAUGUUUUGCAACAACGUAACGGCAGCGGCACCAACAAUUUUUCAUUGAAGACAAGCAUCGGAAGUGACAAAGAUGGCAACGUCAAAACGCGUUUGAACGACCACAACGUCAGCGAAUCGGAGAAGGUUGACGAGGUUGGUGGUGCGGGUUUUACUAAAGCGGAUCUAAUACGCAAAUUUGACAACAAAUACAAAACUGAUUCGGAGAAAGAUUUUAAAGACUCGGAAUUGUCUCGGCGCUUCAGUCGCGAAUCGCCGGCGGAUGAGUCGACGGGCAGCAGCGAGGAAACUUCAAAUGCAACUGCAACCGAUUUGUCAUCGCCGCAGCAACAACAACAGCGUGAACGUGAAGGAAGUAGCGGCAGUGUUGGCAGUGGUGUAACCUCACCUCCCAGACCGAUGCCACGCACAUCACGUAACAAUUCAUUGGGUGAUGCGGCUACUACCGCCACAAUUGUAAGUGGCAUUGGUGGGGAUGAGGUCACACCACGUCCGCGACCGCGCACCACAGCGGCAUCAUCUUAUAAGCCACGCCUUGGGCCAAAGCCGUUCUCAAGUAAUUCAGGCGAUGUUUCGUUUGAUAAAGUCUUUGCUGUACCAGUAGCUCCAGGGUCGCAAGAAAAUAUUCACAAUCUAUCCUCAGGCGGAACAGCUGAUAAUGGAGGAGAUACUUUUUCUGCCCCAGCAACAGUGGCUGCCACAGCACAGAACAAGCCAGAUUUGAUUGUAGAAAUUGAAAUUAAGAAACCCCAUGUUGAUAAUGUCAGCGAAAGCAAUGUACAGAAAACACUGUCGACCUCCGAACGUCGGAAGUCUUCGGCUGAUGCUGAUGAAUCGCCCGACAAGAUUUUUGAACAAACUCAUUCAGAAUCUUCGGAAAACUCAACUGAAGGUGAUGAUAAACCUGAUGCGGAAUUGCGGCGUUUCUCAGCUGCAAGAAGCAGUAUUGCCGAACGUCGCCGUUUAUAUGAGAGUCGUUCAAAGAGCACGGUGGAGGAGAAAUCGCAAUCGCCAGUACCAUUGCGCCGCGAGCUUUCUAAGGUCGAACCACUUAAGCCCCAACAACAGCAAUCUUCUUUGACCACUCCUGCAACCGACAUCAAACGUAUUUCUGCACCUGAAGGCAAGCUUUUAGAGGAACGUCGCCGAAAUGUUACAUCCGUUAUUGAUGGUGGCACUGCCCUUAAGAAAUCGUCCACUGAAGCGGCCAUCACCACCACUCACAAACGCACCUCGACUGUUUUUGGCAAGGUUUCGAAAUUCCGUCAUCUAAAAGGCACCCCUGGUCACAAAUCAACACAUAUUGAAAAUUUGCGCAACCUCAGUCGCCAGAUACCGGGUGAAUGCAACGGCUUCCAUGCCAAUCACGAACGUGUUGCUGUACCGCUAUCAGGACCUGGUGGAAAAAUUGCCAUUUUCGACUUAAGCCGUCCAGGUCGUCUACCGGAUGGCGUAAUACCAUCUUUGGUGAAUGGCAGCAACAUAAUGGACUUCCAGUGGGAUCCUUUCGAUUCGUCACGUUUGGCCGUUGCUUGCGAUGAUGGCAUCGUUAAAUUGUGGCGCAUUCCAGAAGGUGGACUUAAUGAGCCCACAAAUUCGCCAGAACGCGAGCUAAUUGCGCACUUGGACAAAAUUUACUUUAUUCGAUUUCAUCCCUUAGCCGAAGACGUUCUUUUGACGGCUAGCUACGAUAUGACGGUCAAAUUGUGGGAUUUGCGUACUUUAGAAGAAAAAAUUUUGCUCACCGGGCAUACAGAUCAGAUAUUCGACUUAGCCUGGAGCCCUUGUGGCAAGUUGGUGGCAACUGUAUGUAAAGAUGGCAAGCUGCGCGUCUAUAAUCCACGAAAGUCGGAGACGCCCAUUCGUGAAGGCAAUGGACCUGUGGGUACGCGUGGUGCGCGUAUCACUUGGGCGCUGGAUGGGCAAUAUAUCGUUUGCACUGGCUUUGAUAAAGUUUCUGAGCGCCAAAUAAGUGUUUACAACGCACAAAAAUUGAAUGCACCACUCAAUACAGCCAGUCUCGAUGUCUCACCAUCUAUACUGAUACCCUUCUACGAUGAGGACAGCUCGACCUUAUUUGUAACGGGUAAAGGCGACUCAACCAUUUACUGCUAUGAGAUCACCGAUGAGGAACCAUACAUUUGUCCUUUAUCGCAUCAUCGCUGCACAUCAUUACAUCAGGGACUGAGCUUUCUCACUAAAAACCAUUGCGACGUCGCGAGUGUUGAGUUCUCGAAAGCGUACAGAUUAACAAACACAACUAUCGAACCGCUAAGUUUCACUGUGCCACGUAUUAAGAGCGAAUUAUUCCAAGAUGAUCUUUUUCCACCAACUCGCAUAACAUGGAAGCCUACAAUGUCUGCGGAUGAAUGGUUUGCGUGCAAUGAUAGGAAGCCGAUAAAAUUGAGCUUACAGCCUGACGGUAUGGAAGCCUUAUCGUCCAUUCAACAAGUGACGCCCGCCAAGAGGAUUGAGCAUGCGGGAAAUGGCAGUAGCGGUUCGAUGACAAGAGCAGAAUAUGAAAAAAACAAGCAACAAGAGAUUCAGAAAUCAGUGAGUGCCCGUCUGGAAUACAAUACCAAACUGGAACAAGAUGACAUGGAAGGUGUGGACGAAAAUGAGUGGCAAGAGGAUUAAACAUGUUUAUUAAAAAAUUAAUGACCAUUACAGCCACGGCGCUGAACGCUUGGUGCGUUCAUGCCAAAAAGGCUUUUGUGGUAGAGAAUGCGGUUGGCACUUCGAUCUUGGCAUUUAGAAAUAUGCUAAGUCAAUAUACAUAUGCAUAUGUGCGAGUAUAAGAGUAGACUUCCUUUUGAUAAGUGGUUAGCUUUUAUGUGCAUGCAUACCUAUCCAUACAAAUAUUUUUGCUACAAUUAAAACUUAUAUUCGUUUUCAUAUUAACAUACAUUCUCAUGAAACAUUCGAAGCAAAAAUGCAUAUACAAAAGUAAGCACAUAUGCAUACUUACAUUUUUAUGUAUUUACGAGCAACAGUUAAACAGUAUAAACAUCCUUCUGAAAAACAUUAAGAAGGACUUCCAAAACGAAAAUUUUGGCAGCAAUAGAAAAAGUUUAUGUAAAUUAAAUAGUAAGAAACAUUUCCAGGGACGAAAUUCUUUAGAAACAUAAAAGGUAUAAAACAUAAAGACUGCAUAUAAACGUAUUUUAGUUAGUGUGAAAAUAUUUAUGUGAGCCAAGGACUUUUCUUUAAUCCACAUUCAUAUUAUAACAUCAUUAUUUUUAAUCAAUACUCAAGAUUUGCCAAAAAAUAAUCGUGCAUGUGUAAAUUUUCGCGUUCCACAUAUAAGGCAAGAGAAAUGAUUUAUUUACUUAUUUUAUUUUUCUAAAUGAAUUGUAUUCGCGCUGGUCACUAAAGAACCUACUCUAAAUUAAUGGUUAGAGUUAUAAUUAUGGCUUUGUUCGCUUUGAUGCUACAUGGAAAUGGAAUGACAGUAGGGCUUUUACUGUUUUUUUUUUUUGACAAAGGAAUGCGUUUUUACACUGUUGCCAUAUGAAAUGCAAAUUCCUUUUGGUUAUUUACAAUUGCAUAUAUUUAAAUUUAUAUUUAUAUACAAGUAUAUAUGUAUCUUUAGUAGUUAUAUAUUGCGCAUGUAUUUUGCAAAAUAUAAAUACAAACAUCCACAUAAAAUUAAGGCUUACAAAUUUAUGUUAUGUAUUUUAUACAACUGAUGUCUGACAUACAUGCUAAUGAAAUGGUAAUAAUAAUUAUUAUAAAUUAUAAUGACAAAGCUGAUGUGACAACUUUUUCUCUUUAAUAUACAUAUUUAUAAUUAUCUGUAAAUUUGAACUCUAAACGGAGAUUAUGCAUUAAAAAUAUAUAUAUAAAUCAAGAAAAACAUAUGCUCUCUCGUCUUCGUAGGAAGAUAUUUCUAAAAUUACACACUUUUUCCGGCACCAAUUAUAAAGAUUACCUUCAAGCAAACAAGCGGUAAAUCAAGGUUCAAUAGUUUUAACUGCAGCAAUAAUGGUUUCGGAAUUUUUUUUUGGGGUAUUUCGCUGUAUUUGAGGAGCCAAAUUAAAAGCUAUAUUUAAUUAGGUAAUACUCAACAGAACUAAGAUGUUAAUUAUCGCAAAAUACGAGUAUCACAAAACAGCGUUCAAAAAAAAA